UGGUCACAGGAGGCUUCAGUCAGCUACAGGAUGAUUGGCCUGAUUGUUCUCACACUCAUGGGAGCUGCAGCCGCAGCGCCUGUGGAUGACAGGAUCGUAGGUGGCUACCAGUGUGACGCCCACUCUCGACCGUGGCAGGUUUCUCUUAAUCUCGGUUACCACUUCUGUGGGGGCUCCCUCAUCAACGAGCGGUGGAUCAUCUCUGCUGCCCACUGCUGGCAAAAUCCCUAUUCUCAAAUUGCAAUUCUGGGCGACCACCACAUCUGGAUGUAUGAGGGCACAGAGCAGUACAUGUCUGUGGAUGCAAUCUAUUGGCAUGAAGGUUAUGACUACCAGACCCUGGACUAUGACAUCAUGCUGAUGAGGCUGGCCCACCCAGCGACUGUGAACCAGUACGUGAAGCCCGUCGCCCUCCCCAAAGCCUGUCCUAAAGUUGGGGAUAUGUGCACGGUGUCUGGAUGGGGCAACAUCUACUCUGAUCAAGUGUUCAACCCCUUUUACCUUCAGUGUUUGGAAAUCCCAAUUCUAUCCAACAAAGAGUGUGAAGGUUCCUACCCAGGAAUGAUCACUGACCGCAUGGUCUGCGCCGGAUACCUGGAGGGGGGCAAAGACUCGUGUCAGGGUGACUCCGGUGGUCCUCUGGUAUGUAAUGGGGAGCUGCAGGGCAUUGUCUCUUGGGGCCAGGGCUGUGCUCAACCUAACUACCCAGGCGUUUACACCAAAGUCUGCUCUCUGAUGCCCUGGAUCAAUGAUAUUCUCUCUAGAUACAGCUAAGCUGUGAUCUCCCAUCACAGAGUUACAUGAGAGAGGGGAAACCGGAGAGAGACUGAAAUUGAAGGAGACAGAAACAGGAGGUAGCGAUGGGUAGUGUCAAAGAGAGGAGCAGCAGGAGAGCGACGGAGGGAGAGCUACAAGUAGAAGCAGAGAUGUGUGCUGCCAGGCCAAUAAAAUAUUUUGCAAUAUG